AUGAAUGUAGAAGAUAAUUCAUUAAAAUAUUUUAAUAAUCUUAAAAAUAAUGAAGACGAUUUAAGUAAUAAAAGUAUAGGUUCCAAUUCAAAAUCAGAGAAGAUAUCAAAAAAGAAAAAAACCAAAAAAAACAGAAAUAAUGAAGAAGAAGAAGAAAAUGAUUCAAAUGCAUCAUCGAAUGAAAAGUAUAAUUUAAGUGAUAAUUCUAGUGAAAGCUUUUUAAGCAUAUCUGAUGAUACAUCAUCUUAUGCAAGCUCUUUUUAUAGAGCCCAAUUAAAACAGGAUAAAACUUAUAAAACACCAAAAAAAUAUAAUAAUAAAUUAAAUAAUAAUUUUUCUGAUAUAAAUUCAGAGGAAUCAGAUAAAGACAUGUCAUCUGAUUAUAAAUCAUCAAAUAAAGAAUGUAAACAAAAAUAUUUAAAUAAUAUUCUAAAUUUAAAUAAUUGUAACUGUUCAAAUAAUCAUAAUAAUAAUUUUAAAAAUCAUAUUGAAGAUUCAAAAAAUGAAAAGAGUAAAUAUAAUAUUUUGCAUGAAUGUAAUAAGAAUGGCAAUGUGUAUAAUUCUCAUACAGAUAAUUUGAAUCAUAUAUGUGAGCAUUCAUCGAACAAAUUAAAUUAUGAUAAUAAUACAAAUUCUGUAAAAAAUUAUGAUAAAAAUAGUUCUUCUGAAAAAGAUGGCGCAAAAAAUUAUGGCGUCGGCCAUAGGGGUAGUAAUGCUUUAAAUGAUUCUAAGGAUUAUGUAAAUGUAAUGAAUAAGGUAAAUAAUUACGUAUUAAACAAUAAUAAGAAAAAUGGACAUAAUAUGAAGAAGGGUAUUAAUAAUAUUUAUGAUGAUAAUAAUAAUGAUGGUGAUGAUCUUGAUCUUGAUCUUGAUGAUAAUGAUGAUGAUGAUCUUUUUUCUGUUAUUAGCGGGUCAGAUAUUGGAAAUAUGCUCGUGAAUGAUAACAACACAUAUAAUAAAAGAAACAGUAAAUUAAAUAAUAUUCGUCAUAAAGAUUAUAAGAAAUUUAACUCAUUUACUAGUAGGAGGUAUGACAAAGUAGGACAUGAUAAUACGUUUAAUAGUGUUAAUUCAAAUAGAAUAAAAAAAAUGAAAUGUCUUGAUGAAAUUAUAAAUGACCAAAAUAAAAAUAGAGAAAAGAGAUAUAAUACUAAUAAUAGUAAUUAUAAUAUAGAAUUAAAUAAUGAUAUGUCAGGUAAAAUGCGAAGUGAUUAUGAAUUUAAGAAAUUGAUUUCUUCUACUAUUAAUACAUGUUAUCCUAAGAUAAAAAAUAACAAUGAUUCUGAUGACAUUUUGAAUAAUAUGGAAAGAUUAUCACAAAUUGUAAUAACAGGUGAAAAUGACUCUGUAAAAAAAGAAGAAGGGGAUAGUUCUAAUAAUAGUUUAUAUGAUGAUGUAGACAAUAUAUUAAAUAUUAGAAAUAAAAUAUAUAAUGAAACAAGAGAGAAGAAUUUAUUAAGUGAAAAAAAAAAAAAAAAAAAAGACUAUUCAUUAGAUAGUUCUGUAAAAAUAAAUACAUUAACAAAAAAUGAUAAUAAAGAAAAAUAUAAUAUAGCUAUAAAUAAUGAUAAAAGUAUAAAUGCAAAUGUAGUAAAUAAUCAGUUAACAUCAGAUGAUCGAAAUAAUAAUUCGAUGUUUCUGAACAAAUCAUCUUUAAUGAGUAAGGAGAAAUUACAAUUUUUAAAAGAAUAUGAAGAGAGAUUAUUAAGAAAUGAUAAAUAUUUAUAUGAAUAUGGAUAUUAUUUAAAUAAACAUAUGAUAGAAAUAAAUGAAAAUAUUAAUAAAUUAUGUAAUAAUAAUAAUGAUUAUUCACAAAGAAAUGUAUGUACAAAAAAUAUUAUAAAUCUUAUACCUAGUUUACAUAAUAUUUAUGAAAAUAAAAAUUUGUGUUAUAUUAAAGAUUCUCCAAAUUUUAGUGAAGUGGCUAAAAUUAUACCACAAUGGAAAUAUUCUUUUGAGGCUUUAAAUACAAGAGCUCAUGAAGAUACAAGAGAUAUGAAAAAUAUUCUUAAAAGAAUAGAAAAUAUGAAAAAAGAUUUAGAUUCAUUACAUAAAGAUUUAAAAGAAGAUAGAAAUGAAUUUGAAAGAAUAAAAUUUGAAACUAUUCAACAUGAUGAUAUGAUACGUACAAUGGAAAAUAAAACAAAGUUACAUAUUAAAGGUGUUUUAAAAUUAGAUAAUGUUUCUUUUAAAUUAAAAAAAAUACAUAAUAUACCAACAAAUAAUAUACAUAAUUAUAAUAUAUCUGAAAAUGUACAGAGACUAUUAAAAUUUGUAGAUAAUAAUAAUGUUAUUUUUAAUAAUAUGAAUAUGUUAAAUCUAGCAGAUGCAUUUUCUGAAACCAGAAAUAUAGAUAUAUUAAGAUUUCGACAUUCAGAUAAUAACUUAGAUUAUGUUAAUAAUCCAGAUGAUGAAUGUUCAUUUAUUAUGUCUUUAUUAAAUGAAGAAUUAAAACAAAUGUUAAUGGAGAAAAAAGAAAAAUUACAAAAUAUUAUUAGAAGAACACAAUUAUUUCAUAUUCUAGAUAUUAAUACUUAUAAAGAUAAUAUCAAUAAUAUUUUAAAUAAACAUGCUAUACUUAUAAAUCAAAUAAAAAGCAACUUACAAAAUAAAUUAAUUCUAUUAUAUAAUAUAUAUGAUAUAUAUAUUAAAAGAAAUUUCAAAAUUGUAAGAAUAUCAGAUAUAUAUCUAAAAAAUUUUCUAAGUGAAGAAAUUCGAAAAAAACAUAUUAUAAAAACAUUUAAUGAUAAUAAGAAAAAUAGAGAAAAAUAUUUUAUGACUGUUAAUUUUACAAGAAAUAAACCAAUAGCACAUCCAUUUUUUAUAUAUCAUUGCUUAAGUGAAAAGUUUGUAAAAAAUUUUGUUUCAUUUGUUUUAGAUCCAUUGUCUGAUCAAAAUUAUAAAAAUUUUAUGCAAUAUUGUUCUAUACCUGGUUUUAAUUCAGUAUUAUUUUCACAAAGAGUAAUAGAAUUAUAUAGAAAGGAGGAACAUUUUUCAAAAAAAGAAAGGAUCUGUGAUAUUAUGUCUGCAUAUAGCAGCAUGAGCUUAUCUCAAUAUAAUAACCCCAUGAAUAAUUAUAAUAAUUAUAUAUCAAAUAAUGAUCAUAUGAUGAAUAAUACAAACAUUAUGAAUAAUAAUAAUAUAUUGAGUAAUACUAAUCCGCUAAAUAAUAAUAAUAAUAUUAUAAAUAAUAUUAAUAUAAUAAAUAAUAACAAUUAUAUAAAUAAUAAUAUAUUAAGUCAUAAUAAUAUGAACCCAAUUGUUAAUCACAAAAUUACAAAAUCAAAAGAGGAUAAUGAAUAUUUAAUUUCUUUAAGAACUGCAUCUGAUCAAUGUUUUAAAUUAAUAAUAGAAAAUCAUAAUUUAGAUGAAUACUUUUUUUUGAACUCAAAAAAUGCCUUCAAUCUAAUACAGCAUAUACCAGAUUCUAUAACAAACAUGUGUAAUACAUAUGCUGCUAUAUGUUAUGAAGGUAUUAAUAAUAAUCAAGGAAUUAUUUUAGGUAUUAAACCAUAUGACAAUAUGAAUAAAAUGAAUAAUGUACCUACCUUUGUCAAUAUGUCUUCAGCUCUUAAUGCAAAUAAUAUGUUUAGUACCAAUGGAUUAACAACAAAUAAUUUAUUUAAUAAAAAUAAUAUAUUUGCUACAAAUACAUCUAAUAAUUUAUUUAGUGCAAAUAAAAGCAGCUCUUUAAGUCCUAUAUCCACCAGUUCAACAGGCGGUACUCUUAAUAGUAAUAUUUUUACUAGUAGUACAUCAAAUAUAUUUGGUACCAAUAACAAUAAUACGUCAACAAAUCUUUUUAAUAAUAAUAUGAGAAAUAAUAUUUCAACAAAUAUAUUUGGAGCUACCAAUACUCAACCAAGUUCUAUGUUUAAUACAGGAGGGACUAAUAAUACAUUAUUGGGUACAACAACUAGUACCCCUUUUAGUGGAUUAAAUAGUAGGAGCACAAUUGGUAAUAUAAAUACUAUGAAUAAUAUGAGUACUAUGAAUAAUAUGAAUGCAAUGAAUAAUAUGGGCACAAUGAAUAAUACCAACACAUUAAAUAAUAUGAGUCCUAUGAAUAAUACCAACACAUUUAAUAAUAUGAACACAUUAAAUAAUAAUAGAAAUAAUAAUAUUAUUACUACUAGUAGUAAUAUAUUUAAUAAGGACAAAUUAUUUGGAAGUAGUGGAAUUCCCAGUAUGUUUAAUAAUAAUAAUAACACGUUAAGUAGUACAUCCAGUGCCUUUGGAUCUACUACAAAUACGUCCAAUUUGUUUAAUAAAAAUAUAACGAAUUCUACCUCUAGUAACCUAUUUGGAAAUGCUGGUACAACAAAUAAUAUGUUUAAUACAACGAACAAUAAUUUAUUUAAUAAUAAUAAUAAUAAUAAUAAUACACAUAGGAAUAGUUUAUUUGGUAGUAAUAAUAAUACAUUAAAUAUUUCGAAUAAUUUAUUAAAUAAUAAUAAUAUAAAGAUGAUUGGUAGUAGUGGCUUGGCAAACAGAAGCACUAGUACAUCAAAUUUAUUUGGUUCAACAACAACAAAUAAUAAUAAUAUGACAAAUAAUAUUUUAAAUAAAAGUUCACAAAACGUUUCGAGUAAUUUAUUCGGUAAUAAUAAUAAUAUUAUUAAUAAUAAUAGUAGUAGUAGUAGUAGUCGUAAUAUAUUUUCAUCAAUGAAUAUUUCUACCCAAGGAAAUAAAACAAACACUUAUGAAAAUAAAAAUUUGUUUUCUUCUAAUAUAAAUAAUAAUAAUUCAUCUAUGUUAAAAGAUAACAAUUUUUCUGCAUGGGGAAAUAAUAAGAAUCAAUUAAUGAACAACAAUUCAUUUGCAUCAAAUAAUUUAAACACAUCAACAUUUGGUUCAAAUAAAUUUGGUAUGAAUACACAAAAUAAUAAUACCAAUACAAUAUUUAAUAAUAACCAAUCGGGUAUUAUUGGAGUAGGUAAUAAUUACGGUAAUAUAAGGGGAAACAACAUGAUCAAUAAUAACAACAGUAAUAAUAAUAAUAUAAAUAGUAGUAGUAGUAACAACCUUUUUUCAAAUAAUAAUAUGUUUAAUACAAAUACAAAUAAAAGUAUGUUUAAUACAAAUAAUAAUAUGCUUAAUACAAAUAAUAAUAUGCUUAAUACAAAUAAUAAUGUGCUUAAUACAAAUAAUAAUAUGUUUAAUACAAAUAAUAA